UCAGGUCUCGCAGGUGACCAAACUGACCUGGACAAGAGGAAAGAAAUCUAUGGUAAAAACGUGAUACCUCCAAAGAAGCCAAAAACCUUCCUGCAGCUGGUAUGGGAGGCCCUGCAGGACGUCACCCUCAUCAUCCUGGAGAUCGCUGCCCUGAUCUCCCUGGGACUCUCCUUCUACCACCCCCCCGGAGACAGCAGCGGAGAAUUCUGUGGCGCGGGUGCAGCUGGGGUGGAGGACGAGGGCGAGGCGGACGCCGGCUGGAUCGAGGGCGCCGCCAUCCUGUUGUCUGUGGUUUGUGUGGUGCUGGUGACAGCUUUCAACGACUGGUCGAAAGAGAAGCAGUUCCGUGGGUUGCAGAACCGCAUCGAGCAGGAGCAGAAGUUCCAGGUGGUCCGCGGCAGCCAGGUCAUACAGCUGCCCGUGUCAGACAUAGUGGUGGGGGACAUCGCACAGAUCAAAUACGGCGAUCUGCUUCCUGCUGAUGGCGUGUUGAUCCAGGGCAAUGACCUGAAGAUUGAUGAGUCAUCACUGACCGGAGAGUCCGACCACGUCAAGAAGAACGCAGACAAAGACCCCAUGCUGCUGUCUGGCACCCAUGUGAUGGAGGGAUCAGGGCGCAUGGUGGUGACGGCUGUUGGGGUCAACUCUCAGACUGGAAUCAUCAUGACCCUGCUGGGGGCCGGCCCAGAGGAGGAGGAGAAGAAAGAAAAGAAAGGAGGGGCAGUGGAAGACGGACACCAGAAUACAGGUAGAGUAUCACCUUUGUCUGAACCCUGGGAGUGGUACUUUAUCCUUUUGCUCUCUAACCCUUAAUGAUCCCCAAUAAACCGCCGUUAUUCUACACCCCUUUCCUGUAGCCGAGCCCCCUUUCCCCUGUGUAAUUCCUCUCUUACAAAGAGAAGCUGCAUCCUCACCACACUGCAUCUUCUCAAGUGUUGACAGAUGACACAUUUCACAAUGCAUAAUCCUCUCCCCAUAUAACAGGCACUGCACUCAUCAAACUAACUAGCUAGCAUUCAACAGCAGUCCUGUUUCAAAGACCUAUUGAAUGCCACGAGUAAACAAAGGCUGUCAGACUCAUCUCAUUUCUGCAUUACAGAACAAUGGCAUGAGAGCGACAGCCUUGCAGGUGUACAGCACAUGUACCAGCAGUAGAGUGGAGUGCACAGUAAAAGCUUUUGAAAGAUGUAGUGUGCAUGGAUAGCUGACUUCAUGUUUUGAGGCAUUUUGCUUUAGUUUUGUCUCAAAAUUGGUGUAGAAGUAACAAUAAAACAUGUCUUAUCCUGAAGAUAACACUUGGAUCUGAAAACAUCACAUGUUCUUCCUUUGACCUGUAGUUGCCUUUUUCCUAAAUGUUCAUCAAUCUGAGUCUAAGCUCAUUAGGCGCGUUCACACCAAGUACUUUUCCCACAAAGGUUCCUGAGA